GCUUGUUUACUCCGUACGGAGUACCACGGUUAGGUAUUUUCUGCCACGCGUCCAACACAGCUCAAGACAGCUUCGUUUACAUCUUGAUCCGGAUCUCCAUCUCUCGCUGCAGCUUCCGUCAGCUCAGAGUUACAGGUAUUCUCGUUCAGCAGGUCAAACUUGCGCCGCCAAGACAUCAAUAUGCCACUCGUCCCGCGCAUGCACCUGUUCGAGAUUGACGACCAGACAUGGUUUCCCCCGUUUCUUCGUCGGCUCGUUCAGACCAUCUUGUUGAGAACAUGGCACAUGCAACUCCCCUUUAUACAGCCUCUGUCGCCCGGCCGCAUGAUCGCCCACCUUCUGAUCCGUGAGCUCGGUGACGACCUUGGAAAUUUCACCUUUGUCGACUUUUGCGCUGGCGCCGGUGGCCCGACUCCCAUCCUCGAGAAAGAGAUCAACCACCACUUGCGCACGCGUCGCAAGCCCGAGGCGCCUGUACAGUUUGUCCUGACUGAUCUGCACCCCAACUUGCCAGCGUGGGAGGGGAUCUCGAAGAAGAACCCCCAUAUCACGUAUGAGCGCGAGCCCGUGGACGCUAGCCGAGCACCGCCCCAGUUGGUGACGAGAGGCGAUGGGAAGAAGCUGAUGAGGCUGUUCAACCUCGCCUUUCACCAUUUCGAUGAUCCACUGGCCAAGGAUAUCCUGCGCGACACCGUCCAGACGAGCCAGGGUUUUGCGAUUUUCGAACUGCAGGGGCGUACGAUCGAGAGCUUCAUUGCCGUCAGCCUGCUUCCCCUGUUGGUCAUGGUCGUGGCUCCGGUGCAUGCCUGGAAGCACAAGUCCCUUGCUUCCUUGAUCUUCAUGUGGUUCAUUCCCAUCAUCCCGUUCGUCCUCGUUUGGGAUGGCUGGAUUUCGGCGCUGAGAACCCGUGAGCCGGACGAGGUCGAGGCGCUGCUGAGGAGCUGUGGCGCAGACUCGAGCAAGUGGGAAAUCAAGAGCGGAAGCCAGCAGCACCUGUGGCCCGUUGGCUACGUUGACUGGAUCAUCUGCCAACCCCGGGACGCAUAAGUGACAAGACGACGGGAUGGAGAGGCUUCUGAGAACCACUGCGCAGUACGGUUCAAAGAUAGCGUAUGAAUGUGAUCCGGAACAGCAACGGCACGGUGUUGGAGCAUAGAGUACGUAUCCGUACAUUGUUAUACAUGAUUUACGAGGGGUACAAUUCUAUCGAAACCACCAAUUGACAGAGCCAUUGAGACC